GAAGAAACACUGGAGGCGGAAGUGACUAGUUUUGAAAGAGGGAAAUUUAAAAAUUGGACGGAUAAUCAGAAACAAAACUGGAAUAAAUCCUCAUUAAACUGCACGAAGAUGGCCUCAAUUUGACAUUCUAUGUGAAAGAUCCUUCCCACCAACGCCAUGAAGAAAGCAAAGAUGUCGCACCACAAAGUGGAGGGCAUCGACCAGGAGUGCUGUGUUCUCUGCAGACAGAGCGAUGACGACCCGGCACUGUUUGGGGAAAAAGUCACACUGAAGGAACCAAAGCUCUCUGUUCACUACUUCUGUUUGCUGACGGCCUGUGGAGUUUACCAGGGAGGAGAGGAGCACGAGGGCGUCUUUGGUUUCCUGGUGAAGGACAUCUAUAAGGAAGUCCGCCGCUCAAAUCGACUGGCAUGCAACCUGUGUAAGAAGAAGGGAGCGUGUGUGGGCUGUAACGUCAGGAGCUGCAGGAAGAAGGCGCAUUACCCCUGCGGGAGGAAACUCAACUUCAUCUCUCAGUUCACUAAAAACUUCCCGUCGUACUGCCCGGACCACAGCCCCUCUCAGACGGCGUGUGUGAGUGCAGACCUCAGCCUGCCUCAGUCCUGCUCCGUCUGUCUGGACUCCAUCGAGCCGGUCCUCGGAUACUCUGUCCUCAAGUGUCCGUCCUGCCACCACAGCUGGUUCCACCGGGACUGUGUGCAGCGUCAGGCGCACAGUGCCGGCCUAUUCUUCUUCAAAUGCACUCUGUGUAGCAACAAGGAGGACUUCCAGCAGGAGAUGCUGAGGAUGGGAAUAUACAUCCCAGAGAGAGAUGCAUCAUGGGAGUUGGAGACAAACGCAUACUCAGACCUGCUGGUGGUUUACGAGCACUGUGACGCUUCAACCUGCCUCUGCAACGACGGGCGGACGCACUCCUAUAAGAGCGGUGUUGUCAAGUUCAGUUGA